AUGACCAUUAAGAUGCCACACGCGAGGUCCUCAGCGAGUCCUGCUAAAAUGCAGACCAAGAUGAGCGCCUGGACACCCCUGAACCACUCACUGUCCAACAACAAGGUUUUUGAGGAGAGACGAAGCCUUCUGUCAAAGUGGGUACGUUAAGAGCGUCAAGUGUGCGCAUUGUGCUCAGACUCCGCCGGGGUCCUUUCUUCUUUUGAUUUGAUGAGCACAUGAAAAGCAUGUGCUCAUCAUCAGUUUGACAGGUGGUCUGACAGGCAGAGGAGGUUGGUGCUGCACGACUUUGUCAAGAGCUGCUCAAAGGAGCAACUCCGCUUUGUCGACCUCUGUGUGAGUAGACAGCUGCCCCUGCAGGCUGCUGACUUCACAUGCUUGCUGCCGAGGGCCAUCUGCCUCUACGUCUUCUCCUUUCUGGACCCACGCAGCCUCUGUCGCUGUGCCCGGGUGAGCUGGCACUGGAAAAGCAUCGUGGAACUGGACCAGCUGUGGAUGCCCAAGUCUCUGAGACUUGGCUGGCUCAUCAGCUUCUCCCCCACCGUGUUUGAGCAGGGCGUGUGGAAGAGACACUACGUCAACACUGUGCAAGAGAUCCUGCUUGCUGGCCCAGCCAGAAAGGCCGCCGUGUCCCGGCAGCAGACAGCGGUUCCAGAUGUAGCAAGAGUCAGCAGUGGACAUGAGGACAUGACACAAGAACUCUCCCGAAGUGAGGGCCUUCAAGCAUCCACCAACCGACAAGUUGGAGGUGUGUCCAGGAGCAGAUUGAAAAGAGACAAGCAUCCGCUUGUGCUUCCACCUUGGAGAGACUCUGACAGACGUCCCAAGGACAUCGUCCGCUUCAAUUACCUGGACAACUGUGACCCCGUCGGACAAGCCAGUGCAGCGCAGAUGAAGAGCAGAGCAACCACUUGCAGCAGUAAAACGGAGAAGCCAGACGACGAGAGACAGAAAACGCUGUCUGAGACCAGUUACAAACUACGCAAAGCUAAAUCACUGAUGUUCCUCACGUCAAACAGCAGACCCCACCAUCCUGUUCCUCUUCCUCCUCCUCCUCGUAAGACCCAGUCUCGCCCCCAUUGGGCAUCUGACAGUUACAGCUACCCCGCCGCCAAGGAGGAGGGAGAGAUCCUGCUGCGGCAGGCCCGGUGGAACGCCGGGAAACGUCCAGGUCCAGUGAGGACGGCCGUACCCAGGCUGAGCGUGGAGGCGCUCAGGGCGUCCCAGCGCUCGAACAGGACCAUACCCAGUGCACCGCUGUUUGAUUUUGAGCCCUGGACUCCCCCCCUGUCCUUCACACAAUACGUGGACUGA